AUGGGAUCAGUUGCCAACUUGAGCUCCACUCCCUACGGCAGACGUCUGCUGCCAACACUCAUCGACGAAGUUUCCAGCCAAGACCCCGACCGAGAAUGCUUCCAGAUCCCGCGCUCGUCUGAGCCGUCCGACGGAUGGCGGGUCCUCACCUGGAGGGACGUGGCCAACGCGGUCAACCGUUGCGCCCAUAGGAUUGUCGAAGUCUGCGGCACACCGGAGAAGGACAGCUUCCCAACCAUCGCCUACCUCGGCCCCAACGAUGUGCGGUACGUUGUGAUGAUGAUUGCGGCUGUAAAGGCCGGAUAUGCGGCCAUGUUCAUCUCUCCAAGGAAUUCCAAGGAGGGCCAGCUGAACCUUUUCGACAAGACGAGCUGCAAGAUCCUGGCUUUCGCCGGCUCACACAAGGAGACCGUGCAGCCGUGGCUGGCGGAGCGAGACAUGCAGGCAGUCGAGGUCAGCCCCCUGGAAGCCUGGUUCCCUGAGAAGCAGGUCCCUCACUUCCCGUACCACAAGACCUUCGACGAGGCGGAGUGGGACCCCAUGCUGGUCCUCCACACCAGCGGUUCCACCGGCCUCCCGAAACCCAUCGUUGUGCGCCACGGAAUGUGGAACGCCCUCGAUGCCCUCCACAACCUCCCAAUGUGGGAUGGUAAGAAGGUUUCCUUCCGUGAGUGGGCAGACCAGUCAAAGAGGCAUUUCAUCCCCAUGCCUCUCUUUCACAUGGCUGGCCUGCUUUGCGUCGUGGGCAUGUCCAUGUUCUGGGACACCCCCGUUUGCUUGGGCAUGGCGGAGCGCCCCCUGUCGUCAGACCUGGUGAUGGAGUGUCUGGACAGUUUGGAAGUUCAGUCCGCCUUGCUCCCACCAGCCAUCAUCGAAGAAAUUAGUCAGUCAGACGAAGGCCUGGACGCACUAACGAGGUUGAACAUCGUCGCUUUCGGCGGCGGAAACCUCAAUCGCGAGGCAGGAAACAGGAUAGCCAAGCGAGGCACAGCGCUCAUGAACCUGAUCGGGGCCACCGAGUUCGCGCCGUUCCCGACGUAUGCCAGGAAUGACCCAACCAUGUGGCAGUACUUCGUCUACCUCCCAGAGGCCAUGGGCUGCGAGUUCCGGAAGCAGGGCGACGAGGACGUGUACGAGAUGGUCUUCGUGCGGCAAAAGAAGAACCAGCACCCCCAUCCCGGCCUCCAGGGCAUCUUCUACACCUUCCCCGACCUCAACGAGUGGAGCACCCGCGACCUUUACCGCCCCCACCCGACCAAGCCACACCACUGGAUCUAUCAUGGGCGCGCGGACAGCAUCAUCGUGUUCAGCAGUGGCGAGAAGCUGAACCCGGUGACGAUUGAGGAGAUCGUCGGCGAUCACCCCAGCCUCAAGGGCGCUAUGGUGGUCGGGUCCGAGAGGUUCCAGGCGGGCCUUUUCAUCGAGCCAAGGGUUCACCCCACGACUAAAGAUGAGGAGAAGGCGUUGUUGGACAAUGUCUGGCCUCUGGUUGAGAAGGCCAACGUGGAGACUGUGGCACAUGGACGCAUCAGUCGUGAUAUGAUAAGGUUGUCCAACCCGGAUAAGCCGUUCUCACGUGCUGGCAAGGGGACGAUCCAGCGGGCUGCCACUGUGAAGUUGUACAAGGAUGAGAUUGACAACCUUUACGAGAACAAAGAGACGGGGCAGCACGCGGAGGAAGUCGUCGAGCUUGACCUGAAGUCUGAGGAGUCCUUGGCCAAGUCCAUUGUGGCGACGCUCCGCAAGUAUGUCGGGGCAGAAAGGCUGGACGUCGACGUCGACUUCUUCGCGGCGGGCAUCGAUUCGAUGGGCGUCAUGAAGGCUGCCAAGCUCCUGCGAGCCGGGCUGAAGGACGCGGGCCGCCCGGUCGACGACAAGGCCGUGGCAGCCAGAGUCAUCUAUCAGAACGCCACACCUCGACGACUUGCCGCGCACAUCUUGGGCAAUGUGCUGAACGGACAGGGCCAGGAACUGAGCGAAGACGAGCAGCAACAGCAAGCCAUGCGCGCCAUCUGGAAGAAAUACACGCAGAACCUCACCAAGGCCCAGCCUAACCGCCCCGACCCCUCGAACGACAACCAGACGGUGAUUCUCACGGGCUCCACCGGCAUGCUGGGAUCCUACAUCCUCAACUUCAUGGCCCAGAACCCCCGCGUCGCAAAGGUCAUCUGCCUCAACCGCGCCGCAGACGGCGGGCGCGCCCAGCAGGCAAAGGCCUUCACGGACCGCGGCCUCGACACGAGCACGCUCGCCACCAAGGCCGAGUUCCACCACGCCGACCUCUCGCAUCCCAAGCUCGGCCUCCCGGACGCCGUCUACGCGCGCCUCCAGGCCGAGGCAGACCGCGUAAUCCACAACGCCUGGCCCGUCAACUUCAACAUCCCCAUCGAGUCCUUCGAGCCCUCCCUCGCGGGCGUCCGGCACGUCGCCGACCUCGCCGCCUCGGCAGCCCGCCGCGUCGCAGUGACGUUCAUCAGCUCCAUCGCCGCCGCGGACCGGUGGGACCCGGCCGCGCACGGCGCGGCUAAAGUGCCCGAGCACCGCCUCGAGGACCUCGCCCUCCCCAACGGCGGGUACGGCCGCAGCAAGGCGGUCGGCAGCCUGAUCGUCGAGGACGCCGCCGCGGCCGCGGCCGCGGGCGACUUCCCGCACGCCAUCGUGCGCGUGGGACAGGUCGCGGGGCCCGAGGCCGAGGCGGGGGCGUGGGGCCGGCAGGAGUGGCUGCCUAGCAUCAUCGCUAGCAGCCUGUACCUCGGUGCGCUGCCCACGAACCUGGGGGGCAUGAGUAGGGUGGACUGGACGCCUGCGGAGCGGAUUGCGGGCUUGGUGCUCGAGGCGGGUGGUGUGACGCGUGUUGUGGGGAGGGCUGAUGAGAUCAGUGGGUACUACCACGGCGUGAACCCGCACGAGUCGCAGUGGGAGGACCUCGCCGUUGCGGUGCAGGAGUUCUACGGCAAGGAGAGGAUCAGGGAGCUGGUCGGAUUUGGGGAGUGGGUCGACCGGCUGGAGAAGACGCAGGCCGACGGCCCGGAGAGCAUUGCUCGCAACCCUGGUGUCAAGCUUGUUGAUUCUUACCGGGACAUGGCUCGGGCGCCUGGGGCUGUGGUUUAUGAUAUGGAGAAGACCCUUGAGAGAUGUCAGGGCGUCAGGCAGACAAAGGCUGUUACGCCGGAUAUGAUGAAGCAUUGGUGCAGGCAAUGGGGUUUCUAA